UCCGGGUUGUAUUUGUAACUAAAACAGCUGUUCAGUUUAUAACAUCAAGGAUGCACCAAAUCUCAUUUAGCAUUUGUUUCAGACCAUCGAAGUUAAGUCUUGAGGUACAGUUUAAUGGACUUUAAUAUUAUUUUAAAAAUUUAAACCAAAACCAAAUAAUUCCAACUGAAGAACGAAACAGCCAGAGCUCAUUUGUUCUACUUCUCUAUGAAAUGCACACCAUCUAAAACGAGGCUGUUUAUCACGUGAUUGUAGGAAUGGAGUUCCAUCGUCUGCAUGUGUCUGUUUCAAGAUCCUGGAGUAUUUUUAGCUGUUCCGGAAAUGACGUCAACCAUGAACACUAGUCAGAAAAACACACUGUGGUUAUUCUGAGCUAUGCGAUCCAGUUUUAUGGACACUAUCGAGGGGGGAUGUGUAGAUAUUACAUAAGAAAUACACACGUCUAGAGUAGAAUUUUUAAAAUAUUUUUUUUUAAGUCAGCAUAUUAGAAAAAUGGCCCUAUGUCAAAAAGCUACAUUGCACAAAAGAAGCUGGGGGGAUUAUUCGAAAUACGAAAACAUUGAGCAAGAUAAGAUAAACGAAACGAAAAAUAACGAAAUUGUGAUGUUCAACGAGAGUAUGCUGGGGACUCAGAAUAAAAGGGACGUCACUGAGAGAGAUAAGCUUGUCAUCACAGUGUAUCACGAUUUCUUCAUCCCUCCGCCCUUUGAUAAGUCGUUGAUCGUCAAGCGAGAUGACACAGAAACAACCACAAAGCAACCCAUUAUUAAAAAAACCUCGACCAAAAGCAAAAGCCCCAAGUCUUCGAAAAGGCGGAAAACGCGCUGUAUCAAUCUGCCGCCGAGAAACGGGAUCAGUCUAGAUUCCACGAAGAUCUCCCAACUGAAAGCGCAGUUUAUGGAGCGAUACAUGAAGGAGAAGCAAAUCAGGGAAGAGCGAAGGCAACAGAUGGCUAAAGCAGAGAUGGAGAAAUCAAAUAACGUUGGCAGGGAUUCGAAAAAAAUGGCCAUGGAGGCGUAUUUCAUGGAGAUGCGCAGGGCGACGAUUCGCGAAAAUUUGAAAGCGCGUUCUGCCGCUCAGAAGUUCGCUCAGGCCUCCCAGUCUCAGUCCCAAUCGACCUUACACGAAAAUAAACGAUCCGAUUCUUCGGACAGCGACUCCAGUCUGAUUACAUCCAGCAAACAGACGUCCGUGUCUUUCCGAGUUUUGCCGAUCCGCAACGACAAAUCCGCCAGCCGGGGGAUUUUUUACAAGGGGAAGACGGAGCGUCAGAGAUCCAGGAGUUUGUUUCAAUACGCCAGCGAGAGCUCGUUUCUGUCGCACGAUCACAUCUUUGACAGCCCGAAGAUCGUGAACGCCGUCAGUGAUUGGAUGUAUAAGUCGGCGUCUGUUAGGGGCCGGGCAGACGAGAGGAAGGACGUGGUUUCCUGCGCCAACAGUACCGUUCGCGCCAGCAUUGUCCAGAUGCAGAACUUCAACUUAACCCCGAAGACAGAUAAGCGCGCGUCGAAGGAAACAUCGUCCCCGUUGCCGGUGAAAAGAAAAACCAACGAAAAGAACAUCAUGUCUGAGUGCGCAGGUCAAAACCUCAAAAAAUGCACGAGCGUUUUGUUAACGGCUAGUUCCGAUUCCUCGGAUAGUUUAAAUGUCAAGGACACUGUUGACAAAAUAUUAUCCGCACGGCGCUCCAAGUUGUCGUCGUCCGCAGCGGCGUUGGAAACCAGCAAGAAAAAGAACGUGAGGCCACACAAGAGCAACACAACCAACGUCUGCGGCCCGUCCGUCGACACGGUCAAAGACAACACGAACAGCUCGGCGCUGACGACCAACGGCGAAGUCCUGGGCCGCACCAACAACCGCAGCGAUAGCGGCGAGAGGGAGAUGACGUCAAGCGAGAGCCGCUUGAGAAUCAUCCAACGGACGCAUCCAGACCGCCGGGGCAGAAAUUUGAUCAUCAACGACUCGUCGUCCGCCGUAACCAGCUCGGAGAUAUCCGAGGGCAUUUUCGAAAUGAAAGACUCGAGCGCGACGGAAAACUCCACGAAAACGCUGUCGCGGAAAAAAAGCAGCGUUUAUAAAAAAUCGCCCGUACCGGUGCCUAAUCCGGAGUUUUUCGAAUCCGGGUCCACGUCAUAUAAUGUAUCGAGCCUGGCUUCGAUGAGCAACAACGAGCUGAACUUCUACGCCGACACGCGACGCGGGAUGAGCAAAGUCCACAUGGGCAAGAAAACCCUGAGCGCCCCUCCAAAAAUCGACAACCGCAACGCAGUCCGGUCGCCCGCGAAAUCAAACCGGACCGCCAUACCGGUUCGACGCCGGUUCUCAGACAUAACCAAAGACCAGAAAGCGAAACCGGAAAAAGUUUUGCCCCAGACCAAAUCUCAGCCUCAGAUGACGUCACAGAAACGCGAGCUGAAAGUCUUUAUAUCGGCGCCGCAGAUUCAGUUUAGUAAACCGAAAAUCUCGACCGACGCCGUCAAGAGGGCGAGCCCCGCCGCGCCAAGAACGCACACGCCUUUAAAAUUUGCACCAGUCGUCACUAAGAUAAAAAAAUCGGAAAUUAUUCGGAAAAUCACACCCGCCUCCUCGACCAACACGAGUUUCAACGUCGUCAAUACAAAAAGAGCUUUCAAAAAUGUACGCCCUAAAAAAAAUAAAUUCAAUCACGAGGAUUUCAAAGCGUCGUAUGAGGCCGCAAUAGACAUCCAGCACGACCGGAUCCAGUCGUUAAAACGGGCGUUAAGUCUCGUCAACAAGGCGAACGAGAACGAGGCCAAGGCACCGAACAAAGUUCAAAAGAGGGCAAAAAGCGUAACGCCGAAACCGCCGUCAGAGAAUACCACACAAACGAGCAAAACAAUCAAACCAAAAACAUCCGAGGUCGUUGUCGAUAAAAGUAAACUUUUACCCUCCCAUCUGAGAAAUUCGAAGCAGACGAUCGCCACUUCCAUGACGUCUAUGUUAGCAAAAACUUCGUUAAAAAUCGACGGGGCUAAAACUCUGAGCAAGUCCACAUCGAUGGACUACAGUAUCGUUCAUCUCAAGCCCAGCACUACCGCGAAUAAGUUAGUCACUAGCCAAGACGUGACGAAAAUAGACCAAGCCAUUUCAGUCAACACCGCGGCGUCUAAAGACAUUCAGACGGAGGAGUCGAAACUAGCGCUCAAACAAGAGCCCACACAACCACCGCAGACGACAAACAUCCCUGACAGCAGUAAAGUGGUUACAGAAACGGUAAAAAUUGCCGAAACACCGAUAAAGAAUGCUACUAGCGAAUUAGGCGCUGUAAAAACAAGUUUAACUGGUUUGCCCGCUAGCAAGGUGAGCUCAGUACCGAUGUCGUUUGGGAGAGUUAACGACGCUAAAGAGAGUAAGAUCCCCUAUUCGGACCCGGCGUUAAAGAGAGAUAAAUCUCCAACAAAAGUCAGCAGUAAUCGGUUGCAAUCUUCAACAACCACAGACAAGCCGGCCUCGUCGCCUAAUUUAACCAGCGCCGAGAAACCGCGAUCAACCUCGGAGCAAACCGAAGUCAAGCUCGCUGAAAAGGUGAACCAAGUUGAACCCACGUCUAAAGAAGAACAGCAACCGUCACCCAAACACCCCAAACCAAUCUGGCGACCGCUGAAAUCUAAGCCACAGAAACCUUGGACUUCUAAGUUAGGGAAAAGUUUUGACAAACUCAAAUCGAGCCCGACAAGAAGUGAUAUCAAAUUCAUCAAAAACGGACCCAGAAGCCAAUCUUAUGGCGGGAUGGAGACGUCUAUAUUUAGCGAUAUGGACACGGCGGAGAUCGAAUCCACACUCCACAAGCGUCUGUACAGCCAAACCAGCUCCGCGGCCUCCCUCAAGAGCGAGUCUCGUCUCGAUUCCCACCGCGAGAGCUUCCAAAGGUUCAUCGAACAAACCAGAGGCAGCGCCAGCGAGAUCAACCAGCACAGCGUCCAAAAGAUAUCAGACAACAUUUUUCGUUUACGCGUCGAAGAGUUGAACCGUCUGAAAAAGAUCGGAUCAUCCGUGGACACCCCCGAUAUCUUUGUCGUCCGUAAUACUAAAUUUCAUAAUCGAUUACGACCUUACCAGUCCGAAUUUCAAGAAUCGAGGACACCGAUAGACGACGAACAAAGUACGGUAAGUGGCAAUGAAAAAGAUAAGACGAAAGUUUUAAAUGGAAUGUCAAAACGUCGAAACACGAGGCGAACGACCAAGAGCUCGCCCGGCAAUGACGGGAAAAGGAACGAGCUCAAUUUUCUGGCGGAUCAGCUGAAGCCUUCGAACAAGUACCUGAAGAUUCUCUUCAACUUGAGCAACCAGACCGUGUUUCAGGCGGUGGACACCCAACCCAGUGUAACAUCCCAGGCUCAAGCCCCCGCGCCCCUCUCUGAAAUGGACAACUCCUCAUCUGUUGACCCUCACGUAUCCGCGCCCCAGCUCAGCCCCUUUUCUCUGUCCAAGACCUUUCAUCCGUACACCCAGAAAGUCAAAUCAGCCGAAUCAACCCCAAUCUUCGAGAAAACCCACCCGAAGGGAACAGCUUUAUUGAAAGCAGAAAAAUUAAAAAGCGGGGAAAAAUUAAAACCUGCAGAGAAAACGCCAAAAAGGCAGUCUUCAGCGGAACAAAAAAUGGUGCCUUUAUCGGAGCAAACGGGGAACUCAGAACAAGAGCUUGAGUCGCCUAAAUCUGCUAAACCAAAGGCUAAAUUUAUCCACAAACAAACUAGGUACAUUACCUCAGCCAGCAGCGCUGCUAAAUAUAAAAAUGUUAAAGGGAAAACGAAAGCGUUGUGGAAUGUUCCGAGCCCAAAGCUUCUCAAGAUGGAAUCAGCAUCUUUCAUAGACAUAAACAAUCCGACACCGAAUGAAUUGAACCCCGAGGUUUUGGUCAACCGUGAGACAGUCGCCAGCUCUGCGAUUAGUUUGUCUGGCUCCCCCGUGGACGCCAGGAAGCCUCCAGACUCCAUACUGGUCAAACAGCCCGAGGAAAAGUCUGAGUCUUCAUCCCAGACCGACAGCAAGAAAAACAAGACGAAGUUUUAUCUAGACCCGCCCUCAGAGGCGGCGAGACGGCAGAAGCUGGCAUACCUUGCCUACGUCACCACGGGGAUGAGACUCAAAUUCCCGGAAAAUGAAAUACAGAUGAUCAAAUACCUGGCGUCCAACGAGUCGAAGAUACCAGCGGACUCCCAAGAGGUCAAGAAACCCAAGGCUAGCCACAACAGACGGAAGAAGAACAACUUAGCCUACUACGAAUACAACGAGAAAGGACACCGAAAAAAACACGCCAAGGCCAAAAAGGUUUUAAGGGUAGUUCGAUCCAACCCCCAGCCGGCUUCGCUUAACCGCUCUGAACCCUCCACCAGCGCGGCUUGCCAAAGAGUUAAAAAAACCUCAAUGGUGAGCAGUUUUGUCACUGCUAAAGCUCCCGCGGUGCUUAAAAAAGCCUUGUCUUUUAAGUCGCGCAGUCGUAAGCAUCGAAAACCCGUCACGCAAGUGGUAAUGAAACACAAAACGAAGGCGCCGCCACGCAGGCCUCUGCACGCGGCGACGCCUUCAAAUUUCAGAGAGAACCUCCGCAUCUUGUCGGUGUUAAACCGGUACAAAAAUAAAGGUAAACCUAAGGUAGACAUGUUGAACCAGGCCUCGCAGUUGUUUGACCUAAAGACUGAACUAGGUACCUCUCCUCUUCAUAUUUCACCUGACCAUAACAAACCUUCCACUUCAGGUGAGAAAGACCGCGCAAUGUCUCAACUAGCACGCUCGCCUGCACGAGACAACGUGUCUUCAAACAGCUCGUACGACAUGCAGCCAUGCAACCGUCUCCCCCCGGCGAUCAAAGUUUCUAAAAAGACAAUACAAAAAGUCUUGAAAAAAACCGUUUCUUCCAAAAAAGUCGUCGGUAAAUCCAAAUCCGGACUGGCGUCUGACUUGGCCACACUCUGCGACAGUCUAGAGAUGAGCCCUAAGCCACCGAAGAAGAAGCUGGUAAAAGGCCGGCGCCACAAGAAUAAAUCUCAGAACGCCGCGAGCGACGAGAAAGCUGCGAGGUUUCGCCUGACGAAAACGAAUGUCGACCGGAUGGUUCACGUCACGAGUCUCUUGUCCUCUGAGAAAAUGGUCGGCUCCGACACGAGAUCUAACGCCUGCGGUAAACUGUAUUCCAUAUCUCAUGUGCCUGGAAAAGUCGGCAUGGCCGUUGUUGCCGCGCCUAAUGUAAGCUUACCUGCUGAUAAAAAUACCCGGGAAAUCAAAGUUUUGAAAGUCAAGCUGAAUUCUCGUACAGGGGUUCAAAAUCAACUAAAAAACUGCAAAAUUGAGCCAGUAGGCAACAGCUCUAUAAAAACCACCGGCAAUGCUUUACACAAUAAAGUGAAAUCAACCGAGAAACCUUUACAAAAAUCGAGCGCUUUUUACCAGCGGGUCAUGUCGAAGGUUAACAAGAAAGAAACCCCUACACGUCGUCAGCACGCAGCAGAGUUCAGCCAAUCAGCACAGCUUAAAAGAUUAACCCCCGGCUUUCAAAUGACGCCCGACGUCCAGUUGAAAUCGAAAUCGGAGUCCCUUUUAAACGGGUACCUGGUCAAAGGGUACCCCAAGCACAUCCACCCACGCAGUAAUACAAGCUCGAGAACCACCAGCACGCCGAGGAAAGGCCGCGGUGUAUCUCCUGCUCACGCGGACCACCGCGCCUCCUCGUUGAACUCACGACGAGAGCCCGUCCCCCGGACAUCUACUCCCAAGCUCCGCCCCUGUCAGUGGUUUACUCCAAUCAAACCGGCACCAAUCACCAAGGAGGACCCAUCCUCCGACUGUAGAUCCAACCUAAUCGCUCGCACAGAUAGACGCGUGCGUUUCUUGCAAAGUCUAA